AUGGUGACGAUCUGUACCUAUAAUGCACGUACACUUGCAUCCGAGUUCUCGAUAGACUUGCUCAUACAAGCAAAAAGGAUAAAGUCCGACGUCAUCGGCCUGGCCGAGACGAGAAGACAUCAGCCUUUCAGCGCCGUCUAUGACACCGGAGAAGAACUGUUCCUCGGAACAUGCGACAGUAGAGGAGUCGGCGGCGUCGGCGCUCUCGUCAACACGAGUUUGUCCAUGAACAUCGAUUCAUUCGAACAGCUUACAACCCCAAUCGAAUGUUUACGAUUAAAGACAUGGAUCAAUUCCGGCUUUCACAAUCUUCGUUGCUUACGCGCCGACAUCAAACCAUGA